AGGGAGGGGUAUACAACUUGAAGUAUUUCUUAGUCAGGAAAGCUAACAGAUUCUACAAACCGGUAGAAAACUGCAGCAUGAUCAGCUUUACAAAGUGGACUACAGUUGAGGUUGUCCUCCAGAUCCCCCCUGCUUUUCCAGUUUGCACGUAUAACCUCACUCCCAUAGAACAGCUACAGCCGCGCGUGGACUACAAGGAAUAUUUCACUGAUGUGCUCGGUGUUGUCAGUGUGAUCUCCCAUGUUUCGUCGGUACGCACAAGGGGACGACAGGCUGAAGUUAUCAAGAGAACAGUCACUAUAAGCAAUGCAAGGGAUACUGGGCCUACUGUUGAUGUCGUGCUUUGGGGCGAGCGGGCCACAGCUUUCCCAGCUGAACAGGUGCACAGGGACAGUGGCUCCUCGCCACAGAUCAUAAUAUUUGUUGGCACUCUCGUGAGGAGUUACGCUGAUAAUGUGUCUUUAUCGGGUGGAUCAUCAUGCAAGUGGUACAUAAAUGCACCGGUCCCAGAAGUAAAUGCUCUCAGAUCUAGUGCUGAAUCAAACCACCGCCCUGUCAUUUGGGAUCAGGGAAAAAUGGCUGCUGAGAGUACAGUAGUCGCAGUUCCUGAACACAAGAAACUCAAGGAUAUUAAGUACCUCCAUCCUUUUGAAAAUAAGAAGAAAGAAUGGCUUGUCAUAGUAAAGGUGCUAAAAAUUGAUAGAUCGUGGUGGUACAACGCAUGCAAAAAAUGCCUUAGGACAACCAAACCACAUGGUGACACAUACAAGUGCACCAAUAAUUCCUGUGACACCAUCGGAUCGCCUACCCCAAGUGCUUCUGGACACGAGCACCACCAGCAAUGGAAGCUCGCUUUUGGGAACUGAGGCUCGCUUUUGGGAACUGUCCCAGUUCGUCUAGGUUACUCUUAGAACUUGCCUCCCUGUUGUGCAAGGAGUACCGUUCUAUGCUUGUAAGAUAUGAGCACCGCUAUGAUGUGUGCUUUGUUGCAAGAUAUGCCUUUUGGUGCUUCUAGGGUAGUGACUGGUUAUAUCUAGGCUAUGCGUGCACUCUUGCGAGGAGCAUACUCGUGAUAUGUAAAGCAUGCCUAUGUAGUCUAGGCUUGAACAAACCAGACACAUUGCUUCCCUUGGUACUUCUACUAUUUGGCUUUGUCGUAUUAUGCUGCUAUGUGCUAUCUAUUUGCCGUUCCACUCACUUUAACAUAUAAUUGUUAUGUGGUCACCAAUCAGACGCGUCUGUUCCAGGUUUUUGUUUAGUUCAGGUUUUUGUUUAGUUUCUAUUGAAAUUUUGCUUCUUCAUUGGUGAAUGUGGAGCCUGGCAAGAAUGAGAAAGGUUUUACUAUUUAUCAGCAGAUGUUGUAGUUAUGUGAUUAUGCU